AUGUCCGAGGCCAUCAAUAACCAUCAAAUCAAGGCCGAUAUAAAGAAAGCCUAUGAUGAUAUUGCUGAAGUCUACCUGGACUGGACAAAACCUUCUCAUGAAAUACGCCUUUCCUAUCUCGAUCGCAUGCUUCGAUCCUUUGACUCUGCAAAGGAAAACCGCCAGAUCAGCAUCCUUGAGCUAGGAUGCGGCGCUGGGGUACCGUGCACUCAACUGUUGGCAUCGCGUGAAUACAUCAGCGUCACUGCAAAUGAUAUAUCCGACACUCAAAUUGCCUUGGCAAAAGAGCGCCUUCCUGAGUCCGUGAACCUGAUAUCAGGGGAUAUGAUGGAAUUGGAAUUCAGCCAGGAGCAUUUCGAUGCCGUGAUGGCCAUGUAUUCCAUUUUUCAUCUGCCACGCAAUGAACAAACUACGAUCCUUCGUCGCAUUUUUGAUUGGUUGAAACCUGGGGGACGGCUUCUCGCGAAUUUCCCCGAGACUGGAUUUGAGAGCUCUUCUGAUCAAGCUUGGUUGGGUGGCACAAAAGGGGCAAUGCAUUGGAGUGGCUGGGGUAGAAACGAAACGAGAAGACUUCUCACGGAGAUUGGCUUUGAGAUUGAGAUUGACGAGGUUGCUGUGGAUUGUGAAGAAGAAAAUGGAGUUUCGCGGAGCGUUCCGUUCAACUGGAUCUUAGCUAAGAAAUGA